UGAUUUUUUUUUCUUCACGCGGAGAGAGAGAGAGAGACAGCGAAGAGGAGAGGAUUACAAAUUAGGGUAUAGAUUGGGAAGAUUUUGUUCGCCGUGGAGAUAUGGCGUGGUCAUCGGAAACGCCGUCGUAUUGCGGCUGGAAUGAGCUGCAUGUGAAGAACGCGAAAGGAAAGAUGGAGGUUCAUUAUUAUCUCGAGAGGAGAGACGGAUGUGCAGAUCUCGCUGUUGUUGGGAGGUUGAGAAACUCCAAACGCAUGUCCUUUAGAUACGCCUUGAAAAAGAAUCGCUCCGUUUUGAAGAAGCUUAACUCUAUUGAAGACGUCGCGGAUUGGCUCAAUUCCAUCGUUUCCGGUGCGAUACCUCAUGCUGCAGAUGUACCAGCUACUUCUAUGAAUGAACAAUCUGUUGGAAGAUUGAAUAUUGGCACAUUUAUGAAUGGUCAAUUUCAGAAGCCAAUUCAUCAGGCCAUAAAUUUUUCCUGGCUGGGUUCUUCUUGGACUUGCAGGAAACGGCGUAAGCAUUAUCCAUCUUUUUACCGGAAUGGUGUCAGAGUCUCGGUUAACGAUUUUGUGUAUGUUUUAGCGGAGCAAAAUAAGAGACUUGUUGCAUACUUGGAAGACCUUUAUGAGGAUUCCAAAGGAAACAAAAUGGUUGUGGUACGAUGGUUUCACAAAACUGAUGAGGUUGGUAUUGUUUUGCCCGACGAUGUUAAUGACAGAGAGAUUUUCUUUUCUCUUUGUCUUCAAGAUAUCAAAAUUGAGUGCAUAGAUGGAUUGGCUACAGUCCUCAGUCCUCAGCAUUAUGAGAAAUUUCUCAAGGUGCCAAUGCAUGUUCAGCUAGUAGCCUUCUUCUGCCAGAAACUAUAUGGAGAUGAUGUCAUAAAGCCGUAUGACAUUACACAGUUAGAAGGUUACUGGAGGCAAGAAAUGCUUAGAUACUUGAAUGUAUCGAAUUUAAAGGCAGAUGAAGGUGCUCAGGCGCCUGGUACCGAACCAGGAUUAGGAGAUUCUCCGGUUGGUUGUGGUGGAAUUAGAUCUAGGAAACGGCGUCGUUCCGCAGAUGACGUCAAAAGUGACUGCAAAGCUAGCCCAACUUCUGUUGACUUGGGGGCUUCCGAUGGUUCUUCCCAUCACAUUAAAAAGGGCUCACUUGUUGAAGUUCUUUCCCAAGAUAGUGGCAUCAGAGGUUGUUGGUUUAGGGCAUUGAUAAUAAAGAAACACAAGGACAAGGUUAAGGUCCAGUACCAAGACAUUAAGGAUGCAGAUGAUGAAUCUAAAAAGCUAGAGGAGUGGAUUUUGGCAUCUCGGGUGGCUGGUAGUGAUCAUCUCGGAUUUAGAAUCCCAGGACGGAAAAUAGUACGCCCAUAUCCAAAGCCCAGCAAAGAAAAAGAUGAAUGUGCUAUCGGUGUUGGUAUGCCUGUGGAUGUGUGGUGGUGUGAUGGAUGGUGGGAAGGGAUCGUGGCGCAGAAAGUUUCAGAAGAUAAAUUUGAAGUUUACCUGCCAGGUGAAAUGAAAACGUCUGUCUUUCAUCGUGGUGACCUUAGACAAUCUUUGGAAUGGUCGGCAGAUGAGUGGGUACACAUAAAAUCAAGCUCUGAUCUCGUGAGUUCUGUCCUAUCUUUGAUGAAGAAGAAAGAGGUUGAGGUGAAACAUGAUGAGAAGCUAUCCGAAAUUGGUGUUGAUGAUGGUGUUUUGUCACCAAAGGGUGAAGCUAAACUCAACAUCUCUCUUCCAGUAGCUACGACCAGUAAGGCAUCUACUAAGCGACCAGUUCCAGAUCUUCUAAAGGACGUCUUAGUCUCUGAAUUAAAGUGGAAAGCAUCGAAGAAGCGGAAUCGAACUGUCAGUUUCUGUCCACACGUUCCUAGCAAGACUGAUGAUGGCCUCUCACGAGGAGGAGCCUUGGAUUGUGAGAAGUGCAGUUCCAUGGGAGAUUCUCUCUUUAGCUCUACGGUUUCUGUCCGAAGGAAGCGUAAACGAAUUGUCAGUUGGUGUCCACACGAUCCUAGUUUGGCUGAUGGUUUCUCAAGUGAAAGAUCCUUGGAUUGUGAGAACGGCAAGUUCAUGGGAGAUUCUCCAUUUGGCACUUCGGUUGGGCAGCCUUUGACUGGCCUAUUAAUGUCAAGAUGAUCUUUGGCUUGGGGAUUGGAGUGUGUUUUUCGUCUUGUGAGGUACAUAUUACCUGAUGGGCAUCUGCUCAAUGCGAUUUUGGGUUUUAGAUAAUUGUGACUCGCAAGAUUUGUUUUGGGAUUAUAGAAUUAGCCCCUAAUGGCAUCCAAAUUCGUUUGUGUAUGUAUGUGUAACAGUAGUCAUAGAGCUUUUAAUACAGGCAACAAGUUUUGGAUGCAGUAGAGAGUAGGUAAUAGCAUUACCUUACUAGGGGUUUUAGUCAUUAAUCAGUGGUUUUUUUUUAUAUAGGACUUCAGUUAUCUUCUUCGUUUUUCUUUAGCAUAGAGAUAAAAUUUGUUUUCUUUCUGGUGUGGUGGGAUCUUUCUUUUCUUUUCAUGUAACCUAUGUAUCAGCAAAAGUAAAACUAUAUCUUUUUUACCUUGAA